AGUUACAAAUAUCAGUAUUUUCAACGAUAAUUCUCUGUGCUUACGGCACCUACUACUUUACCACACCAGAUUCUUUCUGACUCACGGCAUUGUUCGGUAAUAAUGACCAUUGCGGAAUCCAGCCGGUCGAUGGAAGAAUUAUUUGACUUAUUUUGCACUGCCAACUCAUUUUCAAGCAUUCUACAGCAUUUCAAUCAACUGUGUGCUGUCACAGUAAGAGCCUCGACUGCCAAGCAUCCGUGGAAUGUGUAUCGCGAGUUAAGAGCCAGCCUUAAAUCCUACUGGAAGGCUGCGGCAUUGUUCGAGAAACUUGACAAGCGGGUCCAAUGUGCGGAAUACAUGCAACAAACCGCUUGCAAUGGAGUGAAUGUUAUCGUGGUUGGUUGUGGUCCAUGUGGUCUCCGUUGUGCCAUCGAAUUGGCUCUUCUUGGUGCUCGAGUGGUUAUCCUCGAAAAACGUGAUAAGUUUUCAAGAAACAAUGUCCUUCACCUUUGGCCUUACUUGAUUGAUGAUCUGCGUGCCCUCGGUGCGAAGACAUUUUUCGGGAAAUUUUGCGCCGGUUCCAUCGAUCAUAUCAGCAUUCGAACUCUUCAGUGUAUUUUGCUCAAGGCCGCCCUACUAUUUGGAGUUCAAAUUUUUCCCGGUGUGACCUAUCAUGGUCUUGUAGAACCGACUUCGGAGUCAUCUACGAUUGUCAGUGUGGGCACACCGACCCGUAUAUUUCUUGACCCUGAGGAUCCAAGAGAUACGAAAUCGAUCCACGCAACACGUCAGCGUUUUCGGAACGGUGAAUCGACGGAGAAGAGAUCAGCUGAAAAUACUCCCAUUGGUAACCAAAAUGGGCGAGUGGUUCAUUCGGGAUCCGUUCCAGUCGGAUGGCGAGUCCAUGUGGAGCCAGAAGUGAAGGUCUUACAAAACUAUGAAACUGACGUACUCAUAGGGGCGGACGGCAAGCGCAGUUGCUUAGAGUUUCCCUGUAAAGAGCUACGUUGUCGGCUGGCUAUUGCUAUCACAGCCAAUUUCAUUAACUACCACACCACGGCAGAGGCCGAAGUGGAAGAAAUCAGUGGCGUUUCCAGCAUAUUCAACCAACAGUUCUUCGCCAGUCUCGCAUCUGCAACUGGGAUUGAUUUGGAGAAUAUUGUCUACUAUAAGGAUGAGACGCACUAUUUUGUCAUGACUGCGAAGAAGCACAGUUUGCUCAACAAGGGUGUACUCAAACAGGACCGAGAUGAUUCACAAUCACUACUCAGCGUUGAGAAUAUAGACAAGGAGGCUCUGCAAAAAUACGCACGGGAAACAGCAAAUUACGUGACAAAUGGCCGAUUGCCCCGACUAGACUUUGCAACCAAUGCUCGAGGCGAGCCGGACGUGGAUGCAUUUGAUUUCACCCGAAUAUUUGCUGCCGAAUACUCUUGUCAAAUGAUUGAGAAGAAUCAGUACCUUCUCAUGCAAUGUCUGGUCGGUGAUGGUCUAUUCGAACCUUUCUGGCCCACUGGUAGUGGGUGUGCUCUCGGAUUCUUGUCGGCUUUGGAUGCUGCUUGGGCUGUUUCACGCCUGGCUUCUGGACAUAAUCCGCUCCAGGUGCUUGCUCAUCGUGAGUCCGUCUACCAACGUUUGAGUCAAACAACGGCGCAGAAUAUGCCAUCCAAUUUUUCAGAAUAUACCUUGGAUCCGAGAACCCGGUAUACCCGGUGUAAUGUCAAUCUUUUCGGAACUCACCAGGUUCGUCAUUUGUAUCACACUGAUCGGAACAAGGUAUCACGAUCUCGAUCCGUACGAAACUUCGGUCAAGAUUCAGAUCUCUGCAAGCACGUAGAAAAUCGUCUGAAAGAACAGCUUACUUACUACAGCACCCUGAUCAGUCGAGACAGCAAGACUAUGGAUGUCCCAUCACCGCCAGAACCACUUGGCUUGUUACGUUGGUGCCAAUCUCGUUUGUCCUUUUAUGAAACGCAUGGAUUAGUCACUUCCCUCACUGAUCUGAACUGCUCGAGUUGGGACUCGGGAGUCAGACUUCUAUGCCUCAUCCACCUUUACAGACCAGAGCUUGUUCCCGAACUAGAGCAGUUUUUUAAUGGCAAAAUGUGUGAUCCGCAAGACGUAUUUCGCAGUAAAAAUUCCCAUUUGGUGGACAUGCCCCCAAAACCGGCGUUGAUAAGAGCUUGUGGUGUACUGAUGGAGCACUUUGAUGUGGAGUUCAUCUCAACGGAUAAGGAUUCCAUCGGGACCGGCUAUCCAAGGUCGAAUUCUGAUUGGCUGUCUUACUUGAACCAGGUCUACCACGUGCUCCAUCCACUGAAGAUAAUUCGACCUCCUCCUCCUUCAGCUUCAGUGAAUGGGAUAGAUGGAAAGCUCAAUGUCCACCGAAACCACUCGCCUAACCGAUUGUCUUUUAUCACAGCUAAUGGCCAUUUGAGUCCGCCACCACUACGGAGCAGGUUAUCACGAAGUGAUAUGAAUGUGAACCGGUCGCCUCAUAAAUCAUAUGGAGUGGUGCGUGAAGAUCCGAACUGGACGGUCGAAAAAGGUCUACUACCUAAACGACGUGCCGAAUUAAUAGCGGGAUUCCUUGAUUCCACGUCCACCAGACGUCACUCACAAGCGGCUGUACAACGCCCAUUCUCUCGUGGUUUGAAACAACUGAUAGAUCCACUGAACCAGGAAUCCACCUUUCCCAGCAACUACAACAACAACAAGAAACUUUCAACCACUCGAGGUAUUUCAAACCAUAAAGCCAAAAAUCCUCCCAUCAAACUUGAUUCCACGUCCACCAGACGUCACUCACAAGCGGCUGUACAACGCCCAUUCUCUCGUGGUUUGAAACAACUGAUAGAUCCACUGAACCAGGAAUCCACCUUUCCCAGCAACUACAACAACAACAAGAAACUUUCAACCACUCGAGGUAUUUCAAACCAUAAAGCCAAAAAUCCUCCCAUCAAAAUUUCGGACAACGUAGCUCGCCUCUUUAAGCCAACCAAGGGUAGUUCUCACUGCUACUUGUGCUCGAAGCGUUUGUAUCCGUUCGAGCGACAGGAAGCCUUCGGUCACCACUUUCAUCGACACUGCUUCCGAUGUUCGACAUGCGGUACUCAGCUGCAACCAGACAGAGCUACUCACUUGCGAGCUGAUUCUCCUUCAGCACGUGACUUGUUCUAUUGUGUUGCACAUUCUCCACUCCUGGCAACGACAGGUGCAUGGCUUAGCACCAGGCGACGAGCCGAUUCAACUGGAGUUUCGCUGGUGGACCGGCUGCGUGCUGGAGAAUUUCCAUUUGCGAAGCCUCAAGGUUACUCUGUGACAGGGUCUGCGGAAACGGCAAUCGCUGGAACUUCGGACAAAUUUGUUGGUUUGUCAAACCUGGUGGGCAAUACUACUUCGAAAGUAAAUAUGCCGCAACCCACUCCAGUGAACAAAUCAUCCCUACUUGCCGGCCUUAGUGAUGAAGACAAUGUCCUUACUGCGGUUGAUGUGCGUCAACUAGUGAGAAACUUCCGAGCUAAUCAGUUCAGCUCCUCAUCUUCCCCAUCUCCAGUUCGAAAGUCAGCUGCCCGGAAGAAGGUAGAAUCCGUUGUUGGCCCUUCGGGUGACAGUUCUCCCAGAAUACCUAUUCGACUAAGCAUCCGAGACGACGAUGCCCCCGGCCCUGAGUGCUAUCUUGCUGGUCAUUUGGGUUUGCCAGAAGUCGAACGUAGAGCCAAUUGGGAGCUAAAUACCAUUCCAAUGUUGCCAGGAACCUCCAUUCCGGAUCUUCUGGAACAUAUGAGAAAUGUCCGCUACAACCUCAUCGGUCCCGAUGACUAUUUUGCGUCUAGCGAAUCGGACGAAGAAUUCAUGAUCUCGAAUGUGGGCACUGAACAAUGGAUUACUCCUAUUAGGCAUCCUCCCAAGUCCGAUCGGCGAAAACGACUCCAAGUGGACAACCCACCUCUCAGGUGUUUGGCUGGCGGUGGCUCUUGCAAUAACCUUCGCCAGCCAUUUGAUCCAUCCAGUGUUAGUGAUCCCACGACUGUGGUUAACAAAGUCUAUUCUCCCCUCACACUCCUACCACCGUGUUCCUCCAACCCAGUUCAAUCUAAACAUCUAGAGGCUAAACAGCGCUUCUGCUUGGAGCCACCCAAACCUCUAACCAUAGACCCGAAGCUAUUCAUCGGUGCGAAAAAUCUCGAGCGUGUGCUAAAUAGUGUUAUACCUGAUUGCUCCGAAACGGUGACUCCUAUUGACGAUAUGUGUACUGUUUGCUGUCUUCCCCUCAUCACUCUAGUCUCCGUUCCAUUACUGCCUCAGCUGACCGUCACCCAAGUUUGGGAUUUAACUGACACUGCUCCUACAUACCCCACUGAAACCUAUACACCUAGAUUGUCGGUUACGAGUAUCCAUGAUCCGGAGAUGCAGCGAUCCCGAUCCGAACUUGUCCCGACUGGUACUGAGGACGUUUCAGAAUCAUCAGGCUUUGUUUCGAAUAUUGAGCCGGAUCUACCUGUCGCACUAACUCCUUUUUCUCCGCUUGAUGACUUCCGUGACAUUGACUCCACUUCCACGGUCACUGAACGGUCCUCAACAGAGCCCACUCCUGAGCGUGAGGAGGAAAUUGGCAACCGUUCGACGGUUGCACGACGGCCAGUUCAACCGAUCCAACCCCAUGGGGAAUUAUAUGCGGUUCAUCCUGCUUCUAAUCUCCCCACUGUCAAAAAUAAUACCCAAUCCUCCAAAUCAUCCACGUCUAACUCGAAGAAUUCCAGCGAUACCAGCAGUCUCGACUUAGACUCAAUAGUUAGCAUCCGGCCAAAGUGCACUGAUGAAAACGAUGCUGAUCCAGCCAUGUCAGCCCCCUGCCCCAGUGGUGCUUUGGAUAAAGGUCAUUCGCAAACAGAGUGUCGUGCAGUCGCGACGGACAUUUCCUCUACACAUCCAGCAGAUGGUCACAAGCCUCCGCGCAUGAAGACUUCGAAAAGAGGGCAAAUAAAACGGCGUACGCGAACGCUGGAUUUGAAACCUCAGGUUAAAUCACUACUUUUCCAGUCCAUGAGCCCACAACCCGACUUGGUCUCUAGAGAACACCCUGACAUCGAUUCCCAAGUUAAACCUCCCCACACUCUUAUAGAAUCUGCAGCAAACGAGGAAAUGCUCAGAACUGCGCAGUCGGCUACCUCGUGUUCUCCGGUUCUCCAUCGCUCGGUCAGCGAACCUCUCCUCCUGUGGGGAUAUCCCUGCGGCCUGUCGACAACCUUCUAAUAAAAUCAAGUCAUUUUCACUCUGACCGUCGAUUUGUUUCCUGACAAGUAUACUUCAACCGGCUUCCUUUGUGAUCAGAUAUAGCUGAAUUGUUUGCCACGUGCUUUCUUCUCUCGUCAUCCUGGAGAACCAGAUUCUCCAACCCCUCACUUUAUGAUCCGCCUAAUUUUUCCCAUUACCACAUAAACAACAGAACCUAGCUACUUUCUCUGUCCAUGACUACUUAUUGCUCUUUUGUAAGUUUCUAAGAGCGAUACCACACAAUCCGCCAACGGUUUAUAGGCACGCAUUUCCCAUCUGCCACGUUCUCGCCAGUUGCCAAACACUUUUUGAUCUUUUUCAAAUAUCAACCAUCAUGAUCAUCCCCCGAAGACCAGUUAAUCAUAAACGUGACAUAUAGCAUUCUAU